AUGCGGUGGCGGCGCACCCGAUCGACCACCAGCGGCGUCUUGCUGCCUGAGAUCACCGAGGCGAUCGCCGACCUGCUCUCGAGCUCCGACGACUUUACUGCGCUCUUGGCAGCGCUGCCAGAGGAGGCCAAGACCCCGGCGCUCGCGGCUGUCUCGCGUCUCUCAACCUCACCAAGCAUGACGGUGGCGUGGCCGUCGAUCACCGUGCGCAGCCCCAAGCUUGACAGCGCGACGAUCCAAGACCUCGCGGAUGCCACCGCGUUAGGUCCGCGCAUCGUCAUUGACUACCCGAUUACUACACGCAACGACUUGGGAGCCGUCGCCGACAUCGCGGCCAAUAUUACUUCGCUCACGUUCAACUUGACCGGCGCCGGCAAGGCGGCGUUGAGCUUCUUCCGCUCGACGAUCGCUUCUUGCAUGCACCUUGAGAGCCUCGAGCUCACGGAUGCCUCCGGCGGCCGCGGCUUGAUCGCCCUCAACGGUGACUUUUUCGAGCUGGCGCACCUCACGUCGCUCGCGCUCCGCGGCAGUGGUCCUUGGGAUGGGACGCCGCUCCCGGCUGAUGUUUGCGAGCGUCUCACCCAUUGGCUCCAGACGGCGCCUGCGGUCUCCUUGAAGCUGAUCGACCUGGGGUUUGCCGUGGAGCCGGGCACCCCGCUCUGUCUCGCGCUCUGCGACGCGAUCUCGUCCAGUGCGACUCUCACGACGCUGGCGCUCAACCAAGUGAGCCUCUUUGGAGGCGAGUUCUUGCACGGGCGGCCUCUGCCCAAGACCUUGACGUCGCUCGAGUGGGACGCCGACGAGUUUGCCGGUGACUUGCAUGCAGACACGGACGAAGGCUGGGGCAAUUUUCUUGACGCGCUCGCCGACGGUCCGCAGCUCAAGCACUUGAGCUGCAAGAAGUUUGAGGCGCUUCUAGAGCACGAAGAGCUCCUCGAGGAGCUCGAAGACCUCACGUCGCUCUCGCUGCACGCGAUGGAUGUGGACCAAAACUCGGAUACGGUUCCGCUCUUUCUUCAGUUUUUGGGCAACAUGUUGGAGCUCAAUUCGCUGAGUCUCAACACGAUCGGCUUUUGCGGCAAGGUGGCGCGCCGGCUCAUCAAGGCGCUGCGAUUUUCUCAGUCCCUCAAGGAGCUCAAGCUCUCGGCGAUUGGCCUCACUGACGACACCAUGUCGGCGAAGGACCUCAAGCUCUUGCUGCAAACCGUCCCGAAAUUCAUGUGCCUCGCGCACCUCGAUGUUUCCGAGCACGGGCUCGACAUGAAGACCUUCCUUGAGAUGCUACCGACGCUCAAUGCCGCGGCUCAGGAUCUGCAGACGAUCAGCAUCCAAGGCUACUGGCACCAAGGAGACGUCGAAGCGUUUCUCGAUGCGGUGCAUCAGCUGCCCGACCGCCAGUUUGCGAUCGUUCUGCGUCCAGCGCGAUCGGUGAAUGCGACGACCGAGGCCCGCUGCGCGCAGUUGAUUACCGAACAUGGCCUGGGGCCGCGCGGCGGCGAACAGCAGUGUGUUUUGUACUUGUAA